AUGCAUUACUCUUUCGUCGCCGCCGCCCUCCUGGCACCACUGGCACUUGCUGCCCCACAUGAGAAGACUCUCCUCAGUCGCCAGGCCGCUACCAGCCUGAACGAAGUCUUCGUUGGCCACGGAAAGAAGUAUUUCGGCGUUGCCACAGACCAGGGCCGCCUUAAUGCCGACAAGAAUGCUGCUAUCAUCCAGGCCGACUUCGGACAGGUAACUCCAGAGAACAGUGGAAAGUGGGAUACGAUUGAGUCAUCUCAGGGUAACUUCAACUUUGGAGGACUCGACUAUCUCGUAAAUUGGGCCACGACCAACGGCAAGCUUGUUCGCGGACACACCACCGUGUGGCACAGCCAGCUUCCGGGGUGGGUUUCGGCCAUCACUGACAAGGCAACUUUGACUUCGGUCAUUCAGAACCACGUCACCACUGAGAUCGGAAGGUAUAAAGGCAAGGUCUACGCCUGGGAUGUUGUCAAUGAGAUCUUCAACGAGGACGGAACUCUGAGAUCGUCUGUCUUCUCUAACGUCCUCGGCGAGGACUUCGUGCGCAUCGCCUUCGAGGCCGCACGUGCUGCUGACCCGAACGCGAAGCUCUACAUCAACGACUACAACCUUGAUCAGGCGAACUACGCCAAGACCCAGGGAAUGAUCAAAUAUGUCAACAAGUGGAUCGCCGCUGGCGUUCCCAUUGAUGGUAUUGGAUCCCAAGGACAUCUCACUGCUGGCCUUGGCUCCAGUGCAGAAGCCGCCCUUACAGCUCUUGCUGGAUCCAGCGUUUCGGAAAUUGCAGUUACUGAGCUUGAUAUUGUUAAUGCUGGAGAAUCAGACUACGUCGCUGUUGCUAAGGCUUGCCUGAACAUUCCGAAGUGUGUGGGAAUAACUGUUUGGGGUGUUAGCGACAAGGAUUCGUGGAGGGCUAGCUCCAACCCGCUGCUCUUUGACUCCAGCUUCAACCCCAAGGCUGCCUACAAUGCUAUUGCUGCUUUGUAA